AUGGGGCCCCCUCAGCUCCUCUCUCUGGUCCUAUUGAUCCAAAUAGUUCCUUCUCAGCUCACUGAAGGCAAGAGCCUGGCAAUGCAGACAUCGUUGGGCACCGCAAUCGGAGAUGCGCUACAGAGACCACUAGGUAUGACAACCAUUCGGGAAUUCUUAAGAAGUUCCUACUAAAUUGUGCUUCCAGUAAAGGGAUCCUGCCAUGCUUGGGUUUGGUGGUGGCUCUAGCUGUAGCUGGUGGGCUAGAAUGAGCUAAGGUGCCCUCUUGGAAUUAAGCAACGUGGGUUCAAAUUUCUGCUCUUCUGGAAAAUCCCCGGUUGUGGCCUUGAGCACAACGCUUGUGUCUCUGAAUAUCGCAGUAGCCUGCUGGAACAAACGGCUGCAUCGGCCAACGAGAGUUUUGGGGCAUUAGCAAAGCAGUCUCUCAGCAUCUCUCACUUUUUGUAUGUGAUGCCAAUAAAAGGUUUGAUGACGAUGACAAUAACAGGAGCUGGAAGGAGCAGCUCAUAUUCUGUGCCCUUUCAAGAGAUUCUGUGGCAUGCAUCUUCGCGAUGUGCCAUCAUGAACAGCCCUUCCAGGGCUCCAGAAAUAUAAAUGUCAUGAAGGUCGUCUGGUGUACCAAACAUUGGAUGAAUGAACGUACUAGUUUGGGUGGAAGAGCAUGAUGGAGCAUUGAGAGGGCCUAGCUAAGGCCAGAGCUGUAAGCAAGACCGUGCUUAGAGCAAUGUUUAGACCAGGCCCUCCAGGUGUUUUUGGGACUACAACUCCCAUCAUCCCCGACCACUGGUCCUGUUAGCUAGGGAUGAUGGGAGUUGUAGUCCCAAAACAUCUGGAGGGCCGAGUUUGCCUAUGCCUGGAAAGAUUCACUCCUAGGAAAGCCAGACAGUUAAGUGUUAAGAUUUGGAGGCUAAACCUCCAGAGAGCCAGUGUGGUGUAGUGGUUAAGAGCGGUAGUCUCGUAAUCUGGGGAACCGGGUUCGCGUCUCCGCUCCUCCACAUGCAGCUGCUGGGUGACCUUGGGCCAGUCACACUUCUCUGAAGUCUCUCAGCCCCACUCACCUCACAGAGUGUUUGUUGUGGGGGAGGAAGGGAAAGGAGAUUGUUAGCUGCUUUGAGACUCCUUAAAGGGAGUGAAAGGCAGGAUAUCAAAUCCAAACUCUUCUUCUUCUUCUUACUACUUAACAAUGAAGCUCAGCUACAGGUGCUCUCUCUCUGACCUCACUAGGUAGUUGUGAGAAUAAAAUGGUGGUGGCAGAAACACACACACAUACCAUGUGUGCUGCCCUUGGAAGGACAGGAUAAAAAUGUACUAAAUAAUUACUGAAACAUGGCCCCCCCUUUCCCAAAAGGCACUACAGUUCUCUUCUCUGAAGUCUCUUUUCUUGAUCCAUUGCCAACCAAAGCGGCCGCAGCAGCAACAACAGGGAUGGGGAACUUCCAGAGGUUGUCAAACUACAACUCCCAUCAUCCCUGCACCUGCUGCUAUGCUGGCUGAGGGCCACACGGGUUCCCCUCCCCUACUUUACGGCUUAACGCAAAAGGAGCAUUUAGUACUGAGAGGGGAAAGUUCAGUAAAACAUUGUUUUAGGUUUUGAGUGUACGCAAGCCUUCUGUCUUAAUAUGCUUGUGGCAUGGAAGGGGCUUAUUUAAAAAAACACAAAACCGGUGUUUGAAAACACAGCGGACAUACAGGGUGGAAAUGGAAUAAGGGCUCCUCACUCCAUGCAAUUUCCUCUUGCACCCCCUAAUUCUAUUAUGGAGUUCCCGUAACCCUCCAGAGCAGAUUUAGGGGGCAUGGAGGAUCCCGUUGCAUGAGCGGACUUUGUUUUGUGCAUGCAACAACUUGGUUGAGUCCCACCCUCAUUGCUUUGGGAUGGGACACCCUAGAUAAGUGAUAGAAAUGCCGAGAGAGAGGAAGUAAUGUGAGCUUCUCUUGUACUCCUGCCUCCCAAGCUGAUUUUGUACAUAUUUCUUAUUUGGUAAGAAAUGUCCAAGUCAUUGUUCUAUGUGUGCGGCUGACGUAUCAGUUAUUUACAAUUCAAAACAUUCCCAGCUGUGAAUAGCCAGAUCCACUGUGCAUACAAACCUGGACCACUGUAGAAGCUUGCUCACUAUUUGUGACCUAGGUCUCUGUACCAGCGCUCUAGUUUUUUGACCACUAUAACUGACAUAGCACAGUGCGCAAGGAUCAGGUAGGAUGGCAACAAUUCAUUGGGGGUUGAAAUGCAGAAUUGGCCCCGUCAUGGAGAACAGACUUCCCCAAACAUCUGGAGGGCCACAGGCAGGCAAAGGCUACCAGUGAAGGGUUGGGUAUCUGAUUGUCCCAAGGGUACCAGGCAUCUUAUUCCCAGAUGGGGCUUAAAUAUUGGAAGUGAUCCCAGCUUGGAGGUGUGCGGAGGGGGAGGGCUUGGGUGUCAAACUAUGGGAGCAGGACGUUUCUUGCUUUAAACUGGAUCCGCGGCGAGGCUCCUUACAGGGUCCUUGCUGCGGGAUCACAUUCACCCGGUGCUAUACCAGCUGCACUGGCUCCUGGUUAAGUACAGGAUCAGGUUUAAGGUGCUGGUUUUAACGUUGGCGGGUGGAAUCCCCGCGACGGGGUGAGCUCCCAUUGCUCGGUCCCUGCUCCUGCCCACCUAGCAGUUUGAAAGCACGUCAAAAUGCAAGUAGAUAAAUAGGUACCGCUCCGGCGGGAAGGUAAACGGCACUUCUGUGCGCUGCUGCUCUGGUUUGCCAGAAGAGGCUUAGUCAUGCUGGCCACAUGACCCGGAACCUGUACGCCGGCUCCCUCGGCCAAUAAAGCAAGAUGAGCACUGCAACCCCACAGUUGGCCACGACUGGACCUAAUGGUCAGGGGUCCCUUUACCUUUAACCUUUAAAGCCCUAUACGGUCUAGGACCCUUGUACCUAUGGGACCACCUCUCCUGGUAUGUCCCAUGGAGGACCUUACGGUCUUCAAACAAAAACACCUUGGAGGUCCCGGGCCACAGGGAGGUUAGGCCGGCCUCAACCAGAGCCAGGGAUUUUUCAGCUGUGGCCCCGAUCUGGUGGAACACUCUAUCACAAGAGACUAGGGCCCUGCAGGACUUGACAUCUUUCCGCAGGGCCUGCAAGACAGAGCUGUUCCACCAGGCCUUUGGCCAAGGCACAGUCUGACCCCGCUCCUUUGGUAAUCCUCACAGAACUCUAGCCCAAUGGUUGCCAUUAAUUUGAUUUUGAUUUGAUUUUAAAAUGAAUUGAUUUUAGAAUGCUGUUACUUUUAUUGUUGUUAGGCGCUCUGAGCCCGGCUUUGGCUGGGGAGGGUGGGAGAUAAAUAAUAUUUUAUUAUAAUUAUCCCCCACCUGCCUUCCCCCAUUCUUCCUUUCCUUCUCGUUUCAGAAGCGCAGACCUCCCAAGGAGCAUCCCUGGACACGGCAGGCCUCCAGAACAGCCUGCUCAAGUCACUCCCUGGCCCAGCCAGGAGCCGUCCCAAGCGGCGCGCAUGGGAGAGGCCUGAGGACCGGGAGUGCCGCCUGCGAAGCCUGCAGGUUCGCGUCAAGGACCUAGGCUUGGGCUACAGCUCCGAGGAGACCAUCCUCUUCAAGUACUGCAGCGGCAGCUGCCCCAAGGCCCGCAGCAACCAUGACCUGACCCUCUCCGCUCUGCUGCAGAGGAGUGAGAUACCGGCCUUGGGGGACCCCUGCUGCCGCCCCACACACUAUGAGGAUGUGGCUUUCCUGGAUGACAGUCACCAGUGGCAGGAGGUGGAGCAGCUUUCGGCCGCUGCCUGCAGCUGUGUGGGCUGA